AUGGGAGACUUGGGCACAUACAUCCCCAUCAUCCUCGCCUUAACCCUCUCCCGCGACCUCAACCUCGGCACCACGCUGAUCUUCACGGGCCUCUACAACGUCGUAACGGGGGCAAUUUACGGCGUCCCGAUGCCCGUAGAGCCCAUGAAAUCCAUAGCCGCCCUGUCCAUAGCCAGUAACGGCACGCCGUCGGAGGAGGUGUUUGGGGUGCCGGAGAUGAUGGCUGCAGGGAUUUGCACCGCGGGAGCCAUGUUGCUCCUCGGAGCAACAGGGCUCAUGAACUUGAUAUACAAGCUCAUCCCUCGUUGUGUGGUGAGAGGGAUUCAGCUCUCUCAGGGGCUUUCCUUUGCGCUCAAUGCAGUGGAGUACGUCAGAAAGGAGCAGGAUUUCUCCAAGCCCAAUUAUGGAAACGGGGAGAAGAGAGGUUGGUUGGGGCUUGAUGGGUUGAUACUGUCCAUUUUCUGUGCUUGCUUUAUUGUGAUCGUUAGUGGUUGUGGUGAGGCAGGGGAAGAUGCAGGGGAAGAGGCAGGGGAGGUGAUUAUAAUGGAGGUGGAGAAUGGUGAUGAGAGGGAGAGAGCUGUGAGGAAGGCGAUUGCUUCAUUGCCUUCGGCGUUUCUGGUGUUUAGUUUGGGAGUGGUGUUUGCAUUCAUAAGGAAGCCGAAGAUGGUUUACGAGAUACGAUUUGGGCCAUCUCGAAUGGAGGUGGUGAAGAUCUCGAAACAAGCGUGGAAGACCGGGUUCGUGAAGGGGACGAUCCCUCAGCUGCCGUUAUCGGUGUUGAACUCUGUGAUCGCGGUGUGUAAGCUGUCCAACGAUCUAUUCCCCGCGGGGAAGAGACUGUCUGCAACUUCGGUAUCGGUGACAGUUGGGGCGAUGAACUUGGUGGGGUGCUGGUUCGGGGCAAUGCCGUGUUGCCAUGGAGCUGGAGGGUUAGCUGGGCAGUACAAGUUUGGAGGGAGAAGUGGCACUUGUGUUGUGAUUUUGGGGGUGGUGAAAUUGGGUUUAGGGUUGGCGUUGGGGAGCACACUUGUGGUAGUACUGAGGGAGUUUCCAGUUGGGGUUUUGGGGGUUUUGUUGUUGUUUGCCGGGAUCGAGCUCGCCAUGGCUUCGAGAGACGUGAACUCGAAGGAGGAUGCUUUUGCUAUGCUUGUGUGCAGUGCCGUCUCGCUUGUGGGAUCGAGCGCGGCUCUAGGUUUUCUAUGUGGGAUUGUGGUGCAUUUGCUGCUGAAGCCUGACAAGGUGGUGAUGAUGGUGAUCAAGUUGGUUUGUGGUCUUAAGAGACGUUGUUGUUAA